UUGAGGUUAUAAUUUAGUGACGUAUUCAUUUAUAUAUUUGAAAUAUUUAUAUUUUUCAAUUUAUUUGUUGUGAGUUAAAUUCUGGUUGAAUAUAGUUAUUUUUCUGUAAACAAUUAUAGUCUAAGUUUACUAUUAAGUAUGACGACUAAAUUAAGCACAACAGUACAAGUGUAAACUCAAAAAUGAUUUAGAUGAUAUUAAUAUGCUUUCUUUUUUAAGUGAAAUACAUUUUUGGACUACGCAAGAAGAUGUAGUUAUUAAGGACAGUGACUAUGGAUCCUAUAAAUAUUUUUUAAAAAAGGACCUAGUCGAUACAGUGUAUGCACAGGCAAAGAGACAUUUUGCUGAACAAGUUGGGAUUACGUAUGUCCCUAAUAAUAAACGACCAGAAAAGCUAAGAGAGAGACUAAAAGAACUUGAAGAAUAUCUUCUACACAAUAAAAUUGUUUAUUAUAGCUGGGAAACUAACAGAUUAAGACUUUUGCUUUCUACAGGUUUGAUUGUAGAUCUAACUAUUCAUGAUAAGACAGGAGAUUUGCUAAGUAUUAGGUUUGAAAAGCAUUUAUCUGCAAAACUACAAGUUAAUAUUAUUUGUGAUGGUGUCUUAUUUGAUUCUCAGGUGAUUUGUGUUUGUAAUGAUGGUCAUGUCUUUGGUUUUGGGGGACCAUGGAAAGAUGGGUGGGUUCUAGACGGUGGUCCUAGAAGAAAACUACAUUAUAGCAAUGAAUGGCUAGUGGUCUAUGGAAAGGCAGGUGUUGAACAUCCACAGCCAUGGAGCCCAUUGGCUAAAGACCAUCAAAGAGCCAAUUUACAUUUGUAUUGGAUUGGAUUAGGAGAGCCAGAGCUUUUAGCUUACAAAAAAACAGAUGGAGAACCACUAUUGGUUGUAGUUAGUAAAAAAUGCAAUAGGACAAUAAUAGUUAUUGAACAGAAAGUUACACAAAAAGGUUCUGUAUCAGUAGAAGUCAGUACGUUUGAACUAAUCGCCAACAAUUUAAAAAGAAUAUCUAUAACUUCUGUUCCUUUACAAACUCAAGUGAGUUGUUGUUCUCUGAGCGAUGAAGAAGAUAGGUUAUUGUUAGGUUGUAUAGAUGGAUCUCUUGCAUUACUAAAUCGAAUAAGAGGAUUUACCAGGACUGUAAAAGCAGCUUUUAUUGCAACUUUGGCAACAUGGCAUCCAAAUGGGGUUGUAGUAGCUAUAGCAAAUGAACGUGGACAUUUACAGUAUUAUGACACAGCUUUAAAUUGCAUUAAAAGUCAACUUUCCAGUGAAGAUUACAUUCCUACUACUUUGCUAGAUUUAUCUACUUAUUUUAACACUCAGUUUAAUGUAGUUUCAAUUAAUUGGGGUACAAAAGACUUGGUCAUUUCCCUCGAACAAGGACCUCUAUGUAUUUUAACUCAUGUAGACGGUACACUUAGUUUUAAAGCUCUGGCAUUCAAAUAUAUUAAGUUAGAACAAAUGGAGAAAGCAAUUAAGUUAUUAUUAAGUUGGGAAUUUAAUGAUGAAGCUUUCUACAUACUUCAGAAUAUUAUUGCUCAUUUACUACGAAAACCAAUAACUGAGGAAACAGCUCAGUACCUUCAGGAUGCUUUGGGAUGUUUUCAUAGUCCACCUGCACCUUUACCAUCACAGAUACGGCAUAAAUUUGGUCACCAGGUUAUGUCUUUAACCAGGAGAUUCUUUCAUCACCUAGUAAGAGCACACAUGUUCGAAACAGCUUUCCUACUGGCCGUUGAUGUGGGCCAUCACGACUUAUUCAUGGACCUGCAUUAUAUUGCUGUCAAAAUAGGUGAAACCGAAAUGGCAGCCGCAGCUAGAGCUCAGGCUUCAGCUUUACUCAGCCGAUGUUCUAGUGACGCGUCAAAUUGUUCACCGUCCUCGUGUUCUCAAUGUUCAGACAGUGAGAGUUGUAGUAGUGAUUUCGAUGAAGAUUUGCCAAGCAAGUCCGACUCGACUGUUUUCUCAUCAAAUGAACCCAGCGCGGAGAAUAUUCUGACAACUAACUUUAAUCAACCUAAUCCUAUGACAUAUAAGGUGGAUCAAAAAGAAAGCCAGGGGAAUAGUUUUCCAAAGAAGCCAUCCCCAGCCAAAGCAACGUACAUAAAAGCACCACAGAUUCCGUCAGAUUUCGUUAAACUAAACCAACCACCUAUACCUUCUAUCCCCCCUUUACCAUUUUACACCUCUUUGGGAAUCCCAUACGCUAGACAAUACAACGACGGUACUCCAAACAAGAAAACAUCGUCCUUUCUCAGUAACAUUUACGGAAUUUCAACAUCAAACCCAACGAAUCUCUUACCAAACCCAUCAAAACCGGAACCUAAUAUUACAGCAGAAUUAAAACCUCCCCCAUUACCAGUGGUGCCGUCUUUGAGUAGUUCAGCGUGGAGUAGGAACCACCAUCAGUUUGGAUCGCACAGUACAUUACCCGACGUAACGAAUAACAGUUGUUCUUUCAACGAGAAUUUUUUCUCACCUAAAAAUCCUCAACAACCAAACAGUAAAAAGCCAACGCCUAAGGUGACAUUUUCAAAUACAGUGACUGCGUUUAUAGUGUCCGAUGAGAAAAAGAAUAAUAAUGAUCAGAGGCCAAAUAAUUUGUCUAGUUCCCAGAGGGAAUUGGCUGAAAGCUUGCCUUUGUGCCAUCCAAACGAGGAUUAUUUAAAAGAUUUUACCCCAGCUGCCAAUGUAGAUAAUAGUGAAAAAGAUGGUGCCAGUCAACAGCCUAAAAUUAAAGUUGUUCACUUCGGAGUUGUAUGACGAAAUAUAUUAUAUUUUAGUUGUUUUUGAAAAAACUUAUGCCAAACCUGAGUUAUUUUUAUUUCUUAAUUUGCACAAUCUGGUGUUUUAUUAUUAUGAAUAAUUAAUCUUCAUACAAUUUUAUGACACCCGUGUUUUUUAUUUUACACUAUUUAAAUUUUAUAACAAAAAGUGUCACACUCCAUCUCUCCGUCUGUCUGUCCGUCCCACCCAGAUGAAGAUGUAAACGAAACGUCGUAUCCAACUUUGCAGGAUGGGACCGUGUCCACAGUCGCUCACAUAGUCUACCUACCACAUUUGGUCGCGAUCGGAAGACAUCAACUAACUGUACAGUGACACAUGUCGUACACGGUCAAGUUGGCCUUGGUCCAAUCUAUCGACAUACCAAGUUUCAUUAAAAUCGGACAAUUUUUUCGCCAUUAAUGAUGGGGUUUCAUAGACAUGAAACGUCGUCAUCAAUUUUGAUUACUUAGGUAUAUUAAAAAAGGUAAGUAGGUAAUGUUUAAAUGGAGUAAAGCACUGGAUUGUAUUAAUUCAGGAAAUAAUGAAAAUAUAAGUUUAACAUGAGUUUUUUCAAAUAUUUUCUACCACAUAAAAAGCUAAUUCCUUGUAUUAUUAUAAGAUAUCUUUUUACAUAUUUAUUUUUUAUGAAUCUAUUUUUAUAUAUUUACA